AUGCAUCCCCGAGUCGCAGUGGCAUCUCUUUUGAUUGGGCUCGCGAUCGCCGUGUUGGAUGAAGAUGCGACGGACGCACUUUUGCAGGAGGACAGCUGUGCCUCGGGCUCUUGUGCUUUGGAGCUACUGCAGGCGCACGGACGGAUAGCGGCAGCAGAGUUGCGAAAGAACAGCACGGCCCACCAGAAGAGCAACACGGCCCACUGUAAACACUAUGUAAAGUGCGAUGCCUCGGACAAACACCAGGGACAGCCGUGUGAGAAGGGCUACUACUGCAGCAAGACCUUCAGUGCUCCCACCCGUACCUGCCUUCACUGGGUCAACUGUGCUCGUUCAUGCUACUGCGCCAACUGGGCGCAGCUACUUGAGCAGGGCGGUGAGAUCAGCAGACUCGAGAAUGUCGAGGUCCGCUUCCAGGAUGAAGACAUCGAACACCCGACGACUGAAGUUGCAGAGACUGCCACCAGCACCAAGUGCAAGCAGUAUGUGAAGUGCGAUGCCUCCAACGAGUACAAUGGCCAGCCCUGCAACAAGGGCUACAUCUGCGAGAAGUGGGGCAAUGGGCCUCAGUGUUUGCAUUGGGUCAAUUGCAUCCACCAGUGUUACUGCAAAUCCUGGGCGAAUCUCCUGGAGCAGGCCUCCGAGGAAAACGAGGCAAAUGUCCGCUUUGAUGACGCCGACGUUCUGGAUGCGUUGAAGGCAAAGUGUGAGCAGGCAUCUGAGAUCCUGGAGGUGCAGAAAAACAGCGAUAAGGCUGAGGAGGAGAUUGAGAAGCUCACGCGGGAGAUAGAGAAGGUCAAGGCGUUGUUGGAUCUGCAGCGACAGGCCGAGUCGGCGGUUGCACCAGGAAGAACGGUGUCCAACACUUCGGGCAUGCAGGUCACCCUUUCGCGGCCGGGAUUCGACACGCCACGGAACUUGGACUUGAACGCGCUGGAGGACGCAGGUGCUGCCACGCCGGAUCCCUCUGCAACGCCGGAUCCCUCGCGACAAGUCUCGGUGGAGGAGGAGGGCCCAACAUCCAAGGAGGCGAAGGUGCACUCACUCAUCAAGUCGGAGGGAAGGAAGAAGAAGAGGCUCCUGCAGCAGCGAAACGCAAAGCUGGGUCUCCUCAACAAGCUUCUGGAGCAGGCGGGUCUGGCACAGGACAUGCGCCUCAACGCCGCACCAGAAACCGUCGAGGCCGGGGGCUCGAGCCCCACAGUUGGUCCCUUUGUUUGUGCAAUAUCUGAGCACGGCUUCUUCCUCCGGGCGCAGGCACCAGCUUCUUCACCUUUGCAGGUCCGGCGGAUCAUGGAAGUCUCCGGCCGGGAGCUCCUUGAGCGCUUCCACUUCCCCAAGGCUACGCGAGCUUGCCUCGCCUCCUUCGCGCUGGUCGUGUGCUUGGUCGUUGCAUUGUCUAUAGUGUCAUGCUUUGUCUGUGGGCAGCAGGAGCUCGAAGGCACAAAAGGCCGGGAGCUCCACGUGGUGAGCUCCUUGGAGGCCCUGAGAGCUGCGCAAAGUUACCAGGGGCUGCACUGCGAUCCCGACUGCGAGGGUGCUGUGGGCAAGAAAGUCCACGUGGGCCUGGUGUUGGACCAAAUGCUCCAAGUUUAUUACCCUGAGAAUCCACCCCCUGUUGGGCCGGAGCUGUUGCUUGCUGGCAACGCUUUCCAAGAACUGUGGUGCCCCGAACAGGUAUACCACCAUUAUUGGUUUUAUGGCCUGCUGUUUCUCAUGUUCUGCAACGUGUUAAGCCCGUGGCUGAUACUGCCCCCAAUUGUCCGGUUGCGACUUCACGCGGAGAUGCAGCGCGAAGUGGAUGCCGGGCGAUGCCAAAUCUACCCCAUGGCCUUGGCCGGAGCUACUUGGCAGCAUUUCGCCACGACCGAGUUCAUCGAUCACCGGACUUCAGCCUGGCAGUAUUUUCCUCGGCUCGAGCUCCUGGCCUGCGUGAUCUCAGUCAUCGGGUUCGUUCUUGCCACAGGUGUCAGGUACUGCUGGGCCAGCUGGGUCCCUGUCGCGAUUGUCUUUUUUGGUGGGCUUGCUGUCCGUCUGACAUUCCGGAUCUACGCAUCCGUGCACUUCCGCAAGCGUUUGCUUCUGGGGCGUGCUGAGCUUUUCGUCUGUGCUGCGCCAGCGGUAAAUAUGGUGUCCAUUGUUUGCGAUGGCCGUGUGUUCUUUCUCAAAAACAUAGGCGACAUCCCAUUGCGACCCCCUGCUGACAGCCUAACGUGGUACAGCUAUGAGAUAAUGGCCGUGGCCAGAACGCAGCUGAUUGCACGCAGAGACACCGAAGACGACGAAAGCACGCCCAGCUGGUACUUGAACAUCAUCUAUGGCAGCUGCUUCGAAUUCAGAGAACGCAGGUGGCGUGUCGGAUCGAAGCAGUUCCCCGUGGAUAACGCCCGUGUGCAUGAUUUCCAGAGCUGGCUUGCUGACCGAGAGAGGCUGCAUCUCUUUCGCUGUGAGGGAGCUACAGCCCGCCCGCAGAGCUUCAUGCAAGCUACUGUCGAGAACUUACAUACGCCUUUCCACAUGCCGGCCGGGGACAUGCGGACGCCGCUGAGCCCGAACACGAUGAUGUUCACUGCGGACGUGCAGAAGGUGGAUGCGUUGUAUAAGAUCUCACUGAUCUCCAUGUCAGGCGAGGAAGCAGCUAGCUUCAAGUUUACAGAGGGGGACACGCUGGCGGAUGUUCAGCACCGUGUCGCGAGCAGGCCAAGUUUCCGAAACUAUCAGGUCAAGAUCGUGCUCAGUGACGGCACGCAGCUAGGCCACCUGGACCCGCGCAUGUCCCUUCCAACGUUUUUCGAGAAGGCCCGAGCCAGCUGA